AUGAAUAAAAACGAGAAUGUCUUAUCUCGUGUUAAGCCAAUUUCAAAAAUCGGAAGUGAACUUGUACUAGGAUGCAUGAAAAUACUACAUUUUGUUAAUGGAAAGACAAUAAAAGCUUGUUUAUUAGCGACCGAGUUCGAAUUCAUUGUUCUUGAAAAGACAUCACAUGAUCAAGAUCUGCAAAUAGUCGUUAGAUUUUUCUGGGAUGAACUAAAUCUACUAGUUACUCAGUCAGAUUCACGAAUAUAUGCAAAAACAGCUAAAACAGAGAUCGAAUUCGAAAUACAAAAUGCAUUUCAAGUGUGUCUCUCCAUGCAUACAUAUUGCACUCGUUUGGGCGGCAAAUGUAAAUUAGAUUCCGACAGAAUUAAACCUCAAGUGCCAACAUCGCUUUGGUUUUUGUAUAAAUUCAAAUAUUCACUAUUUAAACGCGGAAUAUCACCUCCUCAGUACCUUGUCAAUGAGAUUGAAUCAUCUCUUCGUCAAAAUUUGCCUACAUUAGACUUAAACAAGAUUCGCUGUUCAAAUAAGUACCUUCCUGAUUUACUAAAUGCAUUUGUAGAUGCAAAUUGCUUCAAAGAAAUCGUAUUUCCUGCAUCAGAUAAAGAUACAAAUUGGAAAUUAAUAAUUCCAUUCAUUCAGUCAAUGAAAUACUACGAAACAAUUACAUUCGCAGAAUCUAUUAACACCCAGCUAUCUCAAGUAGUUACUGCACUUCAAUCAAACAAUGAUACAAAACUACAAAAUAUUUCUUUCAUUAAAAGUAAAAUAAACAGCGAAAAUAUGCCCCUUUUCUCCAAACUAAUUACAUGCAGACGCUUUUCAAAGCUAACGUUAAUUGAUGCCAUUGAAACAAAUUAUAUUGAGAGAUUUAUCAAAGAAUUUUCAGAAUUAGAUAGUUCAAAGCUACUCGAUACAAUUGUUAUCAAAGAUACGCCUACGUUACCUGUUGAUUUAUUGAUGAAAAACCUUCCAUCAAUCAAAACUUUUGAAUUUCACAAUUGCCAGGUCCAAGUUGACACAAUCUUCCCAUACUUAUCAAAUUCAAACCUUAAAGGAAUCGUCGUUGAUGGCGGUGUCGUUUCUGGCAAAGAAUUAGAUAGAAUUUUAAUUUCUCCAACGAUAGUGAACUUUACCUUCUCUCAUAUCAGAUGGGAAAACUACAGUUUAAUAUCAAUGUGGUGCCGUAUCCUCAAUCAUACUCCACAAAGCGAUUUUAUCUCAAUGGAUCUAAGUUACGCUCAAACAGGACCACAGAGCUGGAACUCCUUCUUCCAAGUGUACUGCGGAUCCCAUGCAAAGACUAUCAAGUCAAUAAACUGGUCAGGAAACCAAAUAGCCCCAGUUUUCCUUCAAUUUUGUGCCAGCUCUCAAAAUUUGAAUACUUUACAACUUGACGGGUGUUACACUGCUCAAACAUCCAAUUGUUUUGUAUCGGAUUUUGCAGAUAUGAUGAAGAGCAACAAAUAUAUCACGGAAUUAAUUAUCAGAGGCAUUGAUGAAAGUUCAAGAGCUGAUUCGAGUAUUUCACGAUUUUUAGAGGCAUUGGCGACCAACCAAACAUUGCUAUCUCUUGACUUAAGUGGGCAACCACUAGGAGAUAAUGGUUUGUCUGCUUUAGGCAAUUUAUUGUUACAAAACAAGAAAAUCCGAAAGAUUAAGUUUGACGGAUCGCUCGAUACUACGUACGACGUCCUCCAGCACUUCUUCCAGAAGCUUUCCAGCCGUGAUGCACCUUGCGAUAUCGAAUGGCCGUUCCAGGAAAUCGCAAAGUUGAGAAAUCUAAAUGGAAUUUCUGCUUCCAGUGUAAAUAAACUAAGGCAAUACUGGAAGACGGCACUCAGCGGUGGAAAGUCAAAUGAUCUUAUUACUGACAUUGAAGAAGAGCCGGAUAUUAGCCUUGUCGACGUUUUUAAUGGUUCUUCUUCCGCAUUUGAUGAAUUCUCAAAUUCACCACUCUGGAAAAUAGAUCUACCGCCAAUCCCAGAACCGGAUAACUCUCAUAUACUGCAAAAUGCAGCUUCGGAGUAUUCCGUUGCCGAAUUAUUGAAAUUAAUGAUGCAGAAAUCGGAUUAA